AUGCUUUACCUAAUCACAGCUCUCAUUCUUCCUGCAAUCUUCAUUUUCUUCAAAAAAUGGAAGAAAUCCAAAAAUAGCAAAUCGAUGAAACGGCUUCCACCCGGCCCACGAAAACUUCCUAUAAUCGGAAACCUUCACCAGACGAGAAACCCUCCCUUCCGCUGCUUCAGAGAUCUCUACAACAAACACGGCCCCUUGAUGCACCUCAAGCUCGGUGAGUCCACCACCAUCGUCGUCUCGUCGCCUGACAUUGCGAAAAAAUUGCUCAAAGACCUCGACCCCUGCUUCGCCGACCGGCCUAGGACCGUUGCAGCCGAAAUCAUGUGGUACGACUGUAGCGACGUUGUUUUUUGCCCCUACGGCGACUACUGGCGCCAGAUGAGAAAGCUCUGCAUCAACGACCUUCUCAGCCCGAAAAUGGUGCGCUUGUUCCAAUCAAUCCGAAGAGACGAGUCAAAUCGAUUGGUGGAUUCCUUGCGCGAAUCUUCCGGAAGCUCCGUGAAUUUGACGGAGAGGAUCUUCUCGUUGUCGAGUUUCGUCACUUGUCGCGCUGCCUUCGGCGGCGUAAGCGAGGAUAAUGAGAGGUUGUUGAAGAUGAUGUCGGAUUCGCUGCAGAUGGCGGCGGGGUUUGAGGUGGCGGAUCUGUUCCCGUCGUCAAGGAUCGCGGCCGCGCUGAGCUGGACGAGGCUGCGGCGGAUGAAGAGGAUGCGGCGCGAGCUGGAUGUGAUUUUGGAUGACAUUAUCGACCUGCAUAGGAGGAAUCGCGGCCGGAAUUCGGAGUUUGGGGGUGAGGAUUUGGUGGAUGUGUUUCUUAGGGCUAUGGAAGAAGAGGGACUCAUGUUUCCAAUCAACAACCACAACAUCAAGGCUGUUUUGUUUGAUAUUUUUACUGCUGGAACUGAUACUACGGCAGUAACAAUAGACUGGGCUAUGGUAGAACUAUUGAGGCACCCUAGAGUGAUGGCCAAGGCACAAGCUGAAGUACGACGAGCCAUGCAAGAAAAUACUAAUAGCGUUGAGCAAAACGACAUCGUUUGUGAUAUGAAGUAUCUAAAAUUGGUGAUCAAAGAGACUCUCAGGUUGCACCCUCCGGCUCCGAUGCUGCCUAGAGCUUGCAAUGAGGAACACGUGAUCAAUGGAUACACCAUACCUGCCGGAGCGGUGUUGAUGGUAAAUAUUUGGGCCAUGCAGAGGGACCCGAGGUAUUGGAAUGAUCCAGAAAAGUUUGAGCCCGAGAGAUUCGAGGAUCAAGCUGUGGAUUUUGUAGGUGGUGAUUUCAAAUAUUUGCCAUUUGGAACUGGAAAAAGAAUGUGCCCUGGGAUGACGUUCGGCUUGGCUACUAUGGAGUCGGCUCUAGCCCAGUUACUGUACAACUUCGAUUGGAAGCUUUCGAAAAGUGUCAGGGCUGAGGAUUUGGACAUGACGGAAAGUUUCGGUCUGAUAUCUUCAAGAACACACAAUUUAUUUGUAGUCGCGACGCUGUAUAAUUAGGUGAUGAAUAGGCUAAGAUGUUAUAAAAUAUUGUAGAAGAAAGAUUGGACCACAUAUAUAAAAAUAAAACCAACCUAUGAGUUGAACAUGAG